AGUUUUCCCAUGCCGCGUCGGCAAGUGUCAGUGGGGAGGCGUUCAUCAGUCAGCUGCUCGUUAUGUUCAGCAUGCAUUGUUCACAACCAAGCUUAGGCUAGCUCCUUUCUUAGGGUAUCAAUUAGUGCGAAUCCACCAAUUUGUUGCGCCGCUGGUGUUUCGCCCUUUCUCUAGUCGCAGGUCGUCUUGUCAGCUGAGUCCGCGUGCCAUGUUAUAGCCGCUGUUAUCUAUCGCAGAAACUGCAACGAAAAGAAAAAAAAAAAAAACUUUUCAUCGUCGGGUUGGGUGAGGUUACCUCCCCAGCCACCAUGAUCCACAGCGUUUUCGUCAUUAAUGGCUCUGGGGAUGUCUUUAUGGAGAAGCACUGGAAGAGUGUCAUCCAUCGGUCGGUGUGUGACUACUUCUUCGAUGUGCAAAAGAAGGCUGCCAGUCCAGAAGAUAUCCCACCAGUCAUUUCUGCCCCACAUCACUACCUCAUCAACAUCUACCGCAACAAGAUGUUCUUUGUAGCUGUCACAAUGUCCGAGGUGCCACCGCUGUUUGUGAUUGAGUUCUUGCAUCGUGUGGUGGACACAUUCGUGGACUAUUUCAGCGAUUGCACGGAGUUCCUUAUUAAGGAGCAUUAUGUUGUUGUUUACGAGCUUCUGGAUGAGAUGUUGGACAAUGGCUUCCCACUUGCGACAGAGUCCAACAUCUUGAAGGAACUGAUCAAGCCGCCAAACAUCUUGAGAACCCUCGCCAACACUGUCACGGGUCGGACAAACCUAAGCAGCACCCUGCCCACUGGUCAGCUCUCAAACAUCCCGUGGCGUCGCACGGGGGUUAAGUACGCCAACAACGAGGCUUAUUUCGAUGUCGUCGAAGAGGUGGAUGCCAUUAUUGACAAGAGUGGUUCUGUCAUCUCUGCCGAGAUCCAGGGAUAUGUGGACUGUUGCAUCAAGCUGAGCGGAAUGCCCGACCUCAGUUUGACCUUUGUCAACCCACGCCUUUUUGAUGAUGUCAGUUUUCACCCUUGCGUUCGUUUUCGACGUUGGGAGUCUGAACGGGUGCUCUCCUUCGUGCCUCCAGAUGGCAAUUUCAGGCUCAUGUCCUACCACAUAGGAUCCCAGAGUGUGGUGGCUGUUCCUGUCUAUGUCCGGCACCAGAUAAGCUUCCGGGAGGCAGGCGGUGGCCGACUAGACAUUAGCAUUGGACCCAAGCAGACAAUGGGAAAAACAGUUGAUGAAGUGAUCUUGGAGGUGCCUCUGUGCAAAACGGUGCUCAAUGUGACGCUGACGGCGAGCCAGGGUAAGCACAGCUUCGACCCAGUCUCCAAGAACCUCAUCUGGGAAGUGGGGCGCAUCGAGCCAGGGAGGCUGCCCAACCUUCGUGGAUCGAUGGCCCUGCAGGCUGGUGCUCCACCUCCUGAUGCUAACCCGACAAUUACGGUGCACUUCACUAUCAACCCCCUGGCAGUGUCUGGCUUGAAGGUCAAUCGGCUAGACAUGUAUGGAGAGAAGUACAAGCCCUUCAAAGGUGUCAAGUAUGUUACGAAGGCCGGCAGGUUCCAAGUGAGAACGUGAAAAGAAGUCGAACUGCAACCUUGAUAGGAGUGAGACGUAGCAGAAGUGUAUUCUUCUAAGACGGGGUACCGUUCGUGUUCCACUUAACUUACGGUACAGCCUACGAAAAAGAAGCAAAGCUGCGCAGUUUGUGAUUUCAUCACUUGUGUGCGAUGCUUGGCUUGCUCGAAGAAAAUGAAAGGGUAGGAUUUGCCGAACUGAUAAAAUUCUUCUCUUGAAGGUAUUCCUGAUGGACACGCGAAGAGUAGGGAAAAGUAUGGCACUUUACAUCCCGCUGGAAGACUGCAAAUUUUUUUACGAAAGCUUCUGUAGUGGGAAAGCUGGAACUUUAACUUCUUUGAUCUUUAACAAGUUGCUAUCUGGCUUUUCAAGAGAAUGCCAGCUUUUUGCCUUCCAGUGCUGUAUAAGCUCUGUAACAUUUGUCAUUAUUUUAUUAGGAGUUCUUUUUGGGAUAUCUAUUGGACUUGCAGAGGCAGGCAACAAUUUUAAUUCAUGGCAAAAACAUUUGAAGAUAGAAAAAUGUGUGAAUGCCGUCCCAAAUGUGUGGCAGUCAUGACAGCUUUUGUAAUGUGGUCCAUCUAGUGGAAGUGCAAACUUUUAUUCAGGAACAAAUAGUUUAGUGUAAAGAAAUGGCCUUUGCGGAUAUACUUGUUUUCUCUUUACAUGUGUUGAUAUUUUAAUACCAUAGAGACUGGCUGUGUAGAGCCCGUUCGGCAUUCUCCCUGGGUAGGGCUUUUAAAUGCAGUGGCCAUUAGGAUGCUUCAGUGGUUGUACGCGCAUCUAUCAAUGCUUUUGUCUGUGAAAUCAAGCAUUCUGAUAACUACAAAGUGUUGACGCUUCGAUUAAAAGCUUGAAAUUUUUUUUUCUCAUUAUGAAAUAACUUUUUACUCUUUUUGUGAAGUUAUAGAUUAGUGUACUUUUUAUGUACAGGCAAAGUGAAAUGUUUACAGAGUGCAUGUUCCAGCAAAUCAGGCCAAUUUCAUUUUAUAGCGGUCCUGGGUACAUAGGACUAGCAUGAAUAGCUAUAAUGGUUUGAUAGGUUAACCGCAGAAGGUUUUAGAAGUUACGCAGGAGAUAUGAAACGUGCAGUAUAAAGACUCAGUGCACACCUUUUGUCGCACUCGUUAUUUAUAUAUCUCGAACUAAACUGCGCAAGACAAAGCCCACGACACUUGGCUUUUACUAUAGAAUUCAGCCUGGAUUCCCAUAUGAGGAGAACAAAAAGUGUGUGCCUGCGCAUUGCCAUUUAUCUUGGGCAGUGAAUCGGCGACAUUCUAGAACAGGCGUAGUGGCUGUGAUGAUCCACUGGGGGACUACUGGUUAGUAAAGAGGCCGUGUAGCUGCUGUUAGCAUUGUUGAAGACUUGCACAAACGCUUCAGAGCAGUAGGCUUGUGAACAUCAGAAGGAGAAGAAGAAGGUAUUUAAUGAGAAGAAGGAGGAGAAGUUGGCCUUGAAAGCGGGUUUCUGGCCUCCUACUCCUCACAGGUGUAAGGGGAAAAGGCAGAGAAAGAGGAGGCUAUGAUGAGGGGUGAUUGAGGCAUUGGCAGGAGUCGUAGUUCUUUGUCCAAAUGGCUUCUUCUACCAUCACUCCCUUCACCAUGACGCUGCUUCUUUUUCUAGCCCAUGAUAACAGUAUGUAGCUCUUCUGUCUUGCUUUUUCUCUUCUCCUUCUGUGCGGUUGCAUAUGCAUGAAUUUUUUUCAGCACUGUUGAUCAUCGUCAAGGGAAGUUGAAGGCGUUGCAAUAUACUAGUGUGUGAGCACUGUUAUAGUUUUACUUCGUAUUUUGCCGGUUUUUUUUUAAGGGGAACUCCGGUGAUUUUUUUAUAUUCACCAAUUUUCAUAAAACUUUCAGCAUAUGUUAUCUUUGGCAUCCUGAUAUUAUGUGCCAAAUUAUAAAGCCAUAAGUGAAUUAGUUUUUUUAGAAACCAAAUUUUAAAGUUGGUAGCCUAUUCCAGAAUCACAAUUGUUAACGUGGGCCAUCCUGUGUAUGUGACAAGCUAUAUAUCCAGUCUUUCUACCCCGCCUCACCCAGCAGACACAUGCCACACAUGCUGCCAUCUACGAGGCAAUGACAAGGCGAGAACACUUCAAUUUUGUCUGCUGCAUUGCAUGUUAAUCGUUGACAUUGGGUCUCACAGUAAUAUUGAGCAAUUAGGAGAUUGAUGCAGGGCUAGCGAAAUCAAAAGGUAACACUUCCGCGUUCACAUAGUAGCUGCAAUCAUUGCUGAACUCGUCACGGGUAAGUUCAGAUAGGCUGGCACAGCUUGACUCAGCAUUGGAUUACAUCGUCAGCUUGCUUUUCGCACGUUAGAAAGAACAUGUGGGCUAUGUUUACAUUUUGGCCAGCCGUGUAGUCGUGGUUUCUUGAUGUCAUUGGAUACCCACACGCAGCAGCCCCCCUGUUUCAGUUUUGACUCAUUGUUUAUUGCUUAUUUAAAAUUUUUGACGAGUCUCUCAGCAAAAUGAACCAUCCUGGCUAUUAAAGGGCUGUUAUUAUUAUUAUUUGAAAAUGCCAUUAUCGCCAUAUAGUGAAAAAUGCACUGGAGUUUCCCUUUAAGCAGCUCGAAAACCGCCAUGCAGCAUGCAUGUUUCCCCAAAAAAUUAAGGUUGUAGAUUUCCGGAUCCCUUUUACAAUGUUACAAAAUGCACUUUGCCUUAACUUGAAUAUUAAAAAUUUUCUAUGCUUGAUUUUAGUUUGCAAAUUAAGUGGAAUAUAUAAAAAAAUAUUCUAAGGAGCACCACAAAGCUGCAAACCUUAUGUCAUCGGUUUCACUCAGCAGUGAUUAAAACUUUUUUUUGAAUGCUUGGUACAAGUUACUUGAGACACUGUAUAUUAUAACACUGAGCAUCACUGUUAGCAACCUUCAGUGCACAAUUGUAGACACGACACCAUGCUUCAAUGGAAAUGAAACCAGCUGUUAACUCAAGUAAACCUCUUGCUUUAUUCGCCUAUUUUGUGAUAGGCACCCAUAGCAACCUAGAGGGGGUGGCACUGUCUAAUGCAGGCCUAUGUGCGUGCCUGUAGGACAGGGUGACAGUCCUUUGAAGUUUUUCUAUUAGAUGAGCUGCACAGGAGUGUUGGGUGAUAGAACUAGCACAGAAAAAGCUAGCAGGCAUCACUUCAAAAGAAUGGUGCAAAAAAUAUUCAGCAUUUUUUUUUUUUUUUUUUCAGAUUGCCAUUUUUUCUGAACUUUUGACCCUGCCUGUAUAUGGUUUUGUGAAGGGCUUCUGUAACCCUAAUUCUUAAUUUUGUUAGCAAUUAACUCAAAUUGUAUUUGCUUUUGACAAUUCAAGUAGUAAAAGUCAUGGAGAAUGACUAAUUUUUGUGGUACUUUGUACAAGUUUCAGAUAUGAUAAUCUAAUGUCGCGUUGGUGAGGACGAUGUCUUGUAAGCAUCCUAUUGUUUUGUAACACAGCGUAAUAAUGGUUUGAAGCAAAAGGCAAUGAAUAGCCUACCAGCUUCCAAUCUCCCUGGACUGUCAUAAGACUUCCAUUCUAAGCAGCUGUUAAUUGAUUGUGGUUUGUUUAGUAAAAUUUAUGCUGCAUUGGAUUGAAAAUGUAUUAAAUGUGUUGAAGUUAUGUGCUUGAGUUAGUGGGCAUAUUGGAACCUUGUGCCUUGGUAUGUUCAGCAUGUUUAGUCAUUGAGUUACGUGGUAUAUAAAUUGUAUUUCCUUUCAACUCAA